AAAGUGCCCAAGCCGGCAAACAAGGCCCCAGCCCAACACUUUGACCCAUGUCGCAUACGCAAAAACCUUAAGGCAAAGCAGCGGGCCCUAGGAAAGCGCAAGCUCGCUCGCCGCGGAGGCAGCAACUGCGGUUGCCCCGCGCCUCCUUUGGCCGAGCCACGACAAACCUGGGGCAGCCGGAGCGGAAGCCGGAGCCGGGGGCAGCGGCCGCAAGAAGAAGGAGAAGAAGCCCUCUUUGCCGAUCGGCGAGCUCCUUUGCUGGCUCGGCUCGCAGCCGGUGGUCCUUGCCUGGCUCAAGCAGCACAUCGCCAAGUUUGCGCUGAUGGAAAACCACCGUGCAUGUACGGGGGCGUACCAGGUCCGCUGCCUGCGCUGCAACAUGUGGACCACGGGGAAGGCGACCAUUGACGCGCACAAGUGCACAAAGAAGGUGCCCAUGCCGGAGGAGGUGGCGGCGCUGGUGGUGUGCAAGGACAGCCGCAGCUGCCUGCUGUGCGGCACGCUGUGCGGCAAGCAGCACCACGGGGCGCAUCAGUGCUCCAUCUCCCGCCUCAGCCCCAUCAUCGUCGACGCCUUUGGCGUGACCCUGCUGCCCGACCCCGUCAACGUCGGCAAGCACCCCUCUCGGCACCUCUGCGCGGAGUACACGGGUCUGGUGCAGGCCAGCCGCGAGCAUGGGCCCGUGUGGGCGUUGCUCGUGCUGCUGCCCGGUGAGCAGCCGCGCGACAUGACCAUCACUGUGUUGGUGCUGGAGCCGAGCGACAUGCGUGACGCGUCGGAGUACAGGAAGGUGGUGCCCGUUGCUACCUACGGCAACAGCAAACGGGCCAAGCGGAGCUGUGCCAGCAUGCCCCCGGCCUUGGGGCACUUUGAGGCGGUGCCCGCGGCCCAGCGGGAGGCGGCGACGAACCACACCGUGCGGGUGCUCUUGGGGCGCCGGGCAGGCGUCGGCGCCAUCAGCAAGGCAGGGCCAGGGCCUGCUGGCGGGGCCGCAGCUGGUGGCGGGGGUGCUACUGGGGAGGGCGACGAGCAGGCCGCCGGCGGCAGCGACCCGGGCGUGGCUGGUGGGGAGGGGGGCGAGCAGGCUGCCGGCGGGGCCAACAAGAGCGCAGCUGGGCAGGGGUGGUGUCGCUCUGGCGUUGCUGGUGAGGCGGGCCGCCUGGUGGAGUAUGUGCACGUCUUCUAUUUUGGCCAGGUGAUCGACAUCAAGGACAAGGACGGCGCGUCCCUGUCGCAGAUGGACUGCGAGUUCAACAAGUUGCGCACUCUUGUGGAACCCCUGAGGUACGGCAGCACCGGUUACAAGCUCAACCACUCGUGCGCUGCCAAGCUAGUGAGCCAGGGUGUGGUGGUGCCGCGCUGGCAGCAGGUGGCGAGCGUGCUGUUGCCCAAGAAGCGGAAAACCACCUUUGAGCCCAUGGAGGAGCUGUUUUGGGACUACAAGGCGGAGUGCGGGACCCCUGGCGAGGAGCUGAUGUGCAUGUGCAAGGCCAGGGGAAAAUGCACGGGCUUGCUGGUCUGGUUUGUGGGGCGUGGAGAUGACCAGCUGCCUGAGAUGCUGGACCCUCAGACGGGCAAGCUGGUGGCGGUGCCCUGGGCACACCCUCCUGAGAAGAAGAAGAAGGAGGAUGGGGGCAAGGAGGGGGCCAAGGGGGAGUCUUCGUCUUCCGAGGAGGAGGGCGAGGAGGGGGUGCGAGUAGCGUGAUGGGUGCCUUUCAUGGCCAUGCCCGACACGAGCGCACUGUCAAACACGCCGCAACGUGACUGCAUAGUUGGGAGCAGGGUGCAGGGUGCACAAGGAAAGCCCGACGCAUGUGUCAUUUUCCCCUUACUGCUGUGGGGGUGCAUCUACGUACACCACAAGGUUUGAGCGUCGGACCUGGGUGGUGUGGCGAGCUACACGACAAGCGUCCAUCUGCGUCAAGUCCCUUCCGGAGCGCUGCUCCGCAACUGUAACAAGUCGAGCUG